GAGAGAGAUGUUGGGUUCUGGAGAAAAGUUGGCAAUGGUCGUGGCAGUGCUGGUGGUGUUGGUGGUCAUGGGUUCUGGGGUUGCAGGAAGAGAACCAACACUUCAUAGGGUUGGUGGAGGAAAGAACACAUGGGCACCGAAUGUUAACUUCACCGAAUGGUCGAGUCAUGAGCACUUUCAUGUGGGUGAUUGGCUCUACUUUGGAUUCGACAAGACUCAAUACAACGUCCUAGAGGUGAACAAGACGAGCUAUGACAAGUGCAUUGACACAGGCUUCAUCACGAAUGUCACCAAGGGCGGUCGGGACGUGUUCAAUCUCACUGAGGCAAAGCCUUACUACUUCAUCAGCGGCAGAGGUUACUGCUUCAGCGGAAUGAAGCUCGCCGUCAACGUCACGGUGAUGCUGCCCCCGCCAUCAGGGGAUCCGCCCAAGAAAGGCGGCUCUUCGUGUUCAGUCGGCGGCGUGAGUCGAUGGACGAUCCUUCUCUCCCUGCUUGCUGCUACAUUUCUGUUCUGCUCAUGACAAGUUCAGGCCCUGAAGGAGUUCAUUUAACUGAAAAUCUAGUCACUGAUAUGUGUAAUUUAUAGGUUG